UGUAUCUGUUUGAAUCCCAGAACUGAAUAUCGCACCUCUGUUUUAUCAGGUCGUCAAAAGAUGAACCACAAGUUCAAAUGUGUCUUGACGGUUGCCAUGGGAACGUCUGUUUUCCUGUUCUUCGGUUUGGCAAACAAACAGUUCUGGCAACUUCGUUCUUACAAACCUUUCCACGCUCCAGCUCCCUUAAGCCGCCAUCUUUUCCCCAACGGUUCUGUGGACAAAACCACCGCAGACCGAUUGUCUAGACUUCUGCAGGAAUUCACGGGCAGCUACCUCGAUAUUCCAACAGACAACGAAACGGCAACCUCUGCCGACUUCACUGAAUUCCAGAUCCUACAUCCGGGGUCUGUCUACAGAGUCGGCGACAUUUUGUCUGUGAUGAUCCGCGCAAAGGACAUGCGCAACAGAGAGAAGACUCGGGGAGGAGAUUUCUUCCGUGCGAAGAUCUACACCGAGAGGACCAAGUCCAGCGCGCCCGGCCGGGUCCGGGACUUCGGGAACGGGACGUACGGGGUGAGGUUUCGGCUCCUGUGGGAGGGUGACGUCACCGUUAGUGUGCGGAUGGUCCACUCCUCCAGCGCAGUCCGUGUGAUCAAACGCGUGGCUGAAAGUUUCCCCUUCAACCGCAGCAGGUAUCAACGAAGAUACAUCACUGAAAAUAAAUCGUUGAUUGGCUGGUGCAGUUUGAAUCCUAACGACUUGCAGGGUCCAGAGGGUGGUGGCAUUUGUGACUUCUCCGACAGCUAUGCAGGAGUGGAGUGGUAUUGCCAGAGACCUGAAGGCGUGUCCUGUAGCCAUUCAGUGUUUCAUCGGCACAAUGGCUAUCUUAAAGAACAUACGGACCUAGGGCUGACUGAAGAGGAGAUGCGAUAUUUCAAGUUUACAAAAAAUGGACGGGGUCUCGAGGCCAUCAAAGCCGAGAUUCAAAGCAAAAAUUCCACAAUCCAGGUGGAAGGAAAUUCUACUACAGCAGGUGAGGAGGAACAGCUACCGAGUUGCCGACCUGGACUUCCUGUCCCGGUGCCUUCUGGGUAUUACCGCAAUGGCCGGUGGGUAUCACGUGUCUGCGCGACAACGAGGCUGUCGCCACUGGAGUACAAGAAGUGCCUGCAAAACAAAGUUCUCGACUUUCUAGGGGACUCAACCGUCCGGCAGUGGGCUGAGUUUUUAGCCAAGCUCCUAAACAUGCGGAGUAUUCCGGAUCCUUACUUCAGUUCCGGAACGGCCGGGCCAGAGCAUUACAUAGAGACAAAAUGGAACAUAACAACUCGGUACCAGUCCCACGGACCCCCCUUAAAAACCUACGUGUGGACGAACGCUACUGUACUGAGUAAUUUGGCUCGAAUCAUUGACAGCAUCCCCGGAGGACCCGACAGAGUGGUUGUGGUCACACUUGGUCUCCAUUUCAGCAAUCAUCCUCUCAGCGUUUUCAUCCGCCGUGUUCGAGCCGUCCGGGCCGCCAUCUUGCGCCUGCGCAGUAGAGAACCCGAGACAAUUGUCGUCAUCAAAACGCCGAACACGUCAGGAGCGACUUUCAAUAACGUGGACGAAUGGCCGCUAUUUCAGAUAUACCGGGUCAUGAAGGAGAUGUUCUCUGGAUUGUCUGUUGUGUUAGUGGACACGUGGGAAAUGACCGACUGCCAGUUUCACGAAGACAAUGCUCACCCAACUAAUGAUGUCAUAUCUGAGGAAGUUUCUUACAUGCUGUCGUAUGUUUGUGUCUAAUGUAUAUUUUAGAUCGCAUCCUGAAAGUAGAUUUAUUGUUUUAAUGUGACAUUAGACACAAACAUACAGACCUACAGAUCUACCUUCAUCCCUUAUGCUUCCAGACUUUGGAAUGAACUGCCGCAAUCAGUAAAGCAAGCCCGAAGCGUCAGUAUGUUCAAGCAGAGAUUACGGUCCUUGAAUGCCUAAGGUCUGGGUCCUACAGCGAGGGAGGUGUAGGUGCGUGGAGUUACGGAGCUGUAAACGUGUAGCUCUGUGCUCUCCUCGGGUGGUUGGUAUCAGAGGUUGCAGAUGAGGGGGGACUAAGCCGUUUACAAGUUUGAAGAUGAGAACCAUAGACUGGAAAUGCCUUCUAGUUGCCAGGCUGUCCCAUCCAACCUCUUGCAUAACGACGCUUGAUGGUGUUCGUCUUGCGGCCACGGUGACAAGGCAGGCGGCUUGGUAGUGAACUCGCUCCAACGUCUUGCUGGAUGAAGAAGCCAAGUCCCCUAGCAGUACAGAGGCAUACUUCAUUUUGGUAGUCUAGAGCUGAGAUACAAUUUUUUUGGAAAUUCAGAAAAAUAGGACCAUUGAGUCCGUGAACCAACACAUUGAAUUGGACUGGCCUGACGUUCACUUGAUAACUUACAGAACAGAAACAAUACAGAAAUGCAGAAAGUAGAUUUUCAUAUCAUUGCUUGCCAUAGUACAGUAAGUAUCACCCCUAUAGUUUUGAAUGAUAAUAGUGGGGGAGGGAAUCAAUGCACUAUACAAGUUAGAAUGUUUAAGAACUGCAAUCUUCCAAUUGAAUGAGGAAAACAAACGCAGGUCUAGACUAUACUGUACUGCAGUGUACUGUACUACCCAGAGUCUAUGGACUCUUUACUGACACCCAUACAAUUCAAACUAGAAUCGGUAGUAUCAAACUUUCCUUUUCUCUCUAAUCCUCUGAAUACCUUACAUGUCAUUCUUACCUGUCAGUUACGUCAUACACAGUUGCCUGCAGACCCACAAGACUUUCACUUCUUCCCAUGCUCCACCAUUAUCUACACAAGUCACUGCUUUCACAUGUCUCCUGCCCUACAAUAUACUUGCUUGGCUCUGUGCCUGGAAAUCCA